CUUAAAUAUUAUUUAUUUUUCUCAAUUAUGCAUACAAAAAAUGCUGGAGAAGAAACAAAGUCUGGGGCAUCGCCUCCAUGCUUUCGCUAAAGAGCUGGUAAAAGAAUUGAGGAGAAUAUCAACCAUAAUUCCAGUUAAAGUGUUUCGAGGGGUGGCAACAACUACCAUUGCGAAGUAUCCGGAUUUAUUCGUCCAAAAGGAUAAGGAGAACAGAGUUGUUUCGGAUUCCUUGGAACUUCUGGUCAUUAUGAUGAGGAACCACAACAACUACCUCAAUUCUGGAUGCAGCAGAACUAAUGAGUUGAGAGUUCCCAUAAGGAAGAGAAAGGCAGUAAACCCGUUAAGAAACACUGUACAAAAUUGGAGCCCAGCGAUACGACUCUGGAGGCGAAUGACCGAGGAUCGUGAGAAAAUCCUUCUCUACAUGGAAGAUUGCUUUCCAGUGCAAAGGUCAUAUUUCAAAAACCAGGAGUCGUAUCCUUCGAUUGAAAUGAUCAAGGCUAACCGGCCCUAUAUUUUUACGAGAGAAUGCAUUUACAAGCAUUUUUCUCAGUUGACUGAGACAAAUUUUCAAAAACUCCUACCAGCUGACUUCACCACUGAAAAAUCAUCUCUGGCCAAAUUUUUUUCGAAGAAAAAUGAAGCAGCUUUAGAAGGCCAUCAAGAAAUGGAGAUUCUAAAUUGCAUUAGCCACCAUUUUAAAGAAAAUCUAGAUUUUCUCAUACAAUCGUUUCCGGUAGGCAACCAGUAUACAAAACCCUAUUUUUUUUUACUAAUUCUCAAAUUUUCUUUUACAGAUUGGAACAGUGUUAGACGAUUUAAAAUCUCCAGUAUCUGCGCCAUGGGUUGCUGUAGUUGGUAUGCAUAUUUAAAUUAUUUUAUACUCUCCUUCCCAGGCAUUUCGUAUGUGACAAAAACUGCCUAUAUUUUCAUAGAGCAUAAAAUAGUUUGGUCUUCCGACACGCCAAACAUUUUUGAUGUCCUGGCCCAAACCAUUGGGUAUUUCUAUGCUUUUAAUAUAGAAUACCCAAAGGAAGUGUCGCAAACAAUAGAUUUUUUAGUUCGGUGUAUCUUAAACCACUAAGCAUCGUGGACCGAAAAAGAAUGCGACGAUUUUGACAAAAAUCAACACCCUUAUCCGAAAGCUAAACCACAACUAAAGGGUAAGUCCCAUCUUAGUUAUUCUUAUUAAGAUUUUUUAACUAAACACCCUUAAUUAUAUAAUGUAAAUUUUAUUUUGAUUUUCAUUGACAUUAACCAUUGCAUUUCUAUUUUCUUUUAUUUAUAGAUAUGGAGCCAUCAUAUACAUUUUUUUUGAUUAAAUUAUUAUUAAGUUAUUUAUUAUUAGAUAUGUGGCAACUCUGCAGCCUCCGCGUAAUACAUAAUAACUUGUUCGAGAGUCGAUAGAAGCCGCCCGCCACGAACCAAUCAGCGAAUACCACGACUAACCCUUCGAGAGUUGGUAGAAGCCACCUGCAACUAUCUAAUCAACAAUAAUGCAGAAAACGAAUUGCGAUGCGUUUUUUAAUUUUAUAUCUUAAUUUGUAGUUUUAUUUGACUUAUUUCAAAAUAAAAUGAUUUCGUGCUUUAGUUUUGUCCUACACUGUAUAUUGCAAAAAUACAUACGAAUUAUUGCUCAAUCAAAUUUUCAUAUCAUGUGAAAUUUUCAUGUUUUGUCAACUAGGCAGACGGCAAAAUGCCAUGCUUUUUUGUUUUUGUAAAUUAUGAAUUUAUUCAUUGAAAAAAAUAAUAAAACCAUUUUAAUCUAAAUCUAAAUAAAGAUAAAUAAUACAAAAUCUUGUGCGUUUUGCAAGAAAAUGUUUUCAAGUGUCGGUGUGUUAAAUCGUCACAUUAAAACGAAGCAUUUAAACUUGUCGGGAUCUUGUCUUCUUUGUGGGGAGACGUUUCAAUCUCAAACAGAUCAAAAGUCGCAUUUAAUUCAAUGCGCAAAGAAUCAAAAUGGACAAGGACAUCCAUUGAACCAACUACAACAACCACAACAACAACUACCAGAACAACAUCAACAGCAAAUUCAACAACAUCAGAAAUUAAUUGAAAAGCUUCAAUUACAAAUACG